AAGCUCUGUGACGGUUUAUAAUGGCUCCAUAUAUUUUCCGGAAAACAUACAAAGUGCUAUAAUGAGUUGUGGAAAGGACUCUUGUCAAAACAUGACCAGUGUGCGCACAAACACAAAAAGUAUUCAAUCUCUGAAGAUGUUUUACUCGGAGGCACAAACCGGCACGAAUACCUGUGCAGGCCCACAACGUGGUGGUUGCGAACAUCUUUGCUUGGCUAUAUCAUCUACAGAACAUGUUUGUCGAUGUUCUAUCGGUUAUGAUGUACUCAAUACAAAUACUAGCCGCUGUGUUGGCAAAUCUGAAUUCAUAUUCUAUUCAAAUCACGAACUCAAAGGCAUCGAACUUUACGAUCCCAGCACACCAGACACACAGCUUGAAGAGAAACCAGCCUUAGGACCGAUUUCCCGAAUUUCUCUGGCCACUUAUAUUGACUACGAUGUGGAUAAGGACUAUUUAUAUUGGGGGGAUAGUGAACGUGGUACGAUCUCGCGUAUAAAACGCGAUGGUACACAGCGAUUUGAUCUACUACCUGCCAUCGACACCACUGACCCUAAGCAGCAAGAUUGGUUAGGCGGAAUCGCUGUGGACUGGGUGGCUGGAAAUAUUUACUGGAGCGAUAUGAAGCGAAAUCUAAUUGAGGUUGCUCGGCUUGACGGCUCCCACCGCCAUGUGGUUGUCUCCAGUGUGGAAACACCGACGGCAUUAGCUGUUGAUCCUGUUCAGGGCUUAUUAUUCUAUGUGGGUAGCGGUAUUAUUGGUCGGACGGGGCUAGAUGGCAGCCAAUCAUUUAUACUGGUUAAUCAAACUGGCACAGUUAGCAAUCUUAUUUUGGACAUUGACGCCACCAAAGUAUAUUGGUGCGACAGUGGUUCGAAUAGCAUCAUGAAGGUGGAUUAUGAUGGCAACCUGAAGACGCCACUACUCAAUCACAGUCUUGACAAUCCCGUGGCGCUAGCUAAAAUAGACGACUACCUGUACUGGGCAGACAAUAACAACAAUAAGGGCAGCAUAAAAGUGGCUCCGCUGUCGAAUUUAUCUGAUUUUAAGGAUAUACUCAAAUCGGAGGGAAAUGCACUAAAAGAUUUAAAGAUUUUCUCCCGGCGUGUGCAGAAAGGUACAAACAUGUGCGCAGAAAACAAUGGCGGUUGCGAGCAAUUGUGUCUAUUCAACGGCACUAGCGCCAUAUGUGCUUGCUCUCACAGCCGAGUAGCAGCGGAUGGUUCUUCCUGUGAGCCAUAUGAUAACUUUUUACUAUUUUCGUAUCGCAGCACCAUCGAGAGUAUACAUAUGACAGAUCAUACCAACAAAAAUGGGCCAAUUCAUGCGGUGCAUAACACAACAUUUAUGAGAAAUGUUAUAGCUUUAAGUUACGAUUACGAGAACAGCGUCAUAUUCUACUCGGAUGUACAGAUGAGCACAAUUAAUUCGGUACAAUUCAAUGGCAGUAGAAAUCAGGUAUUGGUAAGCCAUCAAGGACGCGUCGAAGGGCUCACUUACGACAUCGUGAACAAGAUGCUCUUCUGGACCUCGAAUAAUGACGCGUCUAUACGUAGUUUGGAGCUGGACCAUGUUAGUGAGAAUGCCGAUAACAAUACUCAGUUUGUGAAACGAAUAUUGAUGUUGAAUUCUAAUGACAAACCACGUGGUAUUGCAGUAGAACCUUGCAUGGGCAUGAUUUAUUGGACGAAUUGGAACGAAGAGACCCCUUCCAUUCAGCGCGCAUACGUUACCGGUUAUGGUAUCGAGUCCAUAAUACGUACGGACGUAAAAAUGCCGAAUGCGCUUACGCUAGAUUUUGAUGAGCAUAAAUUGUACUGGGCCGAUGCACGUCUUGAUAAAAUCGAGCGUGCGAACUACGAUGGUACGCAUCGUACAGUGCUGGCACAUUCCACACCAAAGCAUGCCUUUUCAAUGGCCGUUUAUGGCGACUUGCUCUUCUGGACAGAUUGGGUGCUACAUGCCGUUGUACGCGCAAGCAAGUACUCAGGCGCGGAUGUGGUCUUCUUGAGAGAGAAUAUCGAUCGACCGAUGGGAAUUAUCGCAGUGCAAAACACCACUAUCAAUUGCGACUCGAAUCAGUGCAAAAUAUUGAACGGUGGAUGCGAAGAUGUGUGCAUACUAAGUAAGAAUGGAACGGCCAGCUGUCAGUGCUCAAGAGGCACUUUGGCACCGGAUGGACGCCGCUGUUUACUUUUGCCAAAUAGGAACUGUGAUAAGAAUCAAUUCAUAUGUUUGUCGGGCGAAUGUAUUCCCUUAGAGUUGACGUGCGACAAUAUUACACAUUGUCUCGAUGGUUCAGACGAGCGCCGCAGUUACUGUAUAAUAAGAGAGUGUCCAGCACGUUUCUUUAUGUGCAAUAAUCAUCGCUGUAUACCGCAGAAUCAAACAUGUGACGGCAUACAACAAUGUGGUGAUGGCUCAGAUGAGUCGGAGCUGGUUUGUAAGUGUGAACCCGAUAAGUUCCGUUGCAAUAGUGGCGAGUGCAUCUCCAUGCGGUUCGUUUGUGAUAAUGUGCGCGACUGUAAGGAUUUUAGCGAUGAGAAACACUGUCCGCCGCGAGAAUGUCCCAGUGGGGACGUGCUAUUUCAGCACUGUGCUAACUCAACGGCUUGCUUCAUGCCUUCUUGGCGAUGUGAUGGCGACAAUGACUGUCCGGACGGUAGUGACGAAAUGAAUUGCGAAAAUGUGCACAAGGCGGCCUGUGGACCUGGACAGUUUCAAUGUCCUAAUGGAUUGUGCAUAAAUGAGAAAUGGCGUUGUGAUGGUGAAAACGACUGCAAAGAUGUCAAGGGCGGGUUAAGUGCCGAUGAGAUUGGUUGCAAGACGCAGUGCCGUAAGAAUGAGUUCCAUUGUGGCAAUACAUGUAUACCAAGUAGUUGGCAGUGCGAUGGCAAACCGGAUUGUGAGGAUGGUUCAGACGAGGGUGCACAGUGUCCGAAUAGAGCUUGUCGACCACAUUUCUUCCAAUGCAAAUCGUCUGGACGUUGUAUACCACAGAAAUGGGUAUGCGAUGGUGAACAUGAUUGCCCAGCACCAGGUAGCGAAGAUGAGGGUAAGCAUUGUGCAGCCGGAUCGGUACCACAGGAAAUCGAUUGCUUGCCACCGUCUUUUCUCUGUUCCAAUGGCAUGUGUUUGGAGCGUCAAUAUGUUUGUGAUGGGGACCACGAUUGUCCUGACGGAGAUGAUGAAUAUGACAAUUGCGAACCGUUCCUGCAAGCGCAAAUCUGUGAUAAUGGCACAGAGUUCCAGUGCCACGACUUGCAAUGUAUUUCCAAAAAUCUUACAUGCGAUACAAAACCCGACUGUGCGGAUGGCUCCGACGAAGAUGCACAGCUUUGCGCCCACUCACAUAACUUGUGUCAAGGACCCGAUGACUUCCGUUGUAGUAAUGGCGCCUGCAUUUCCACAGAUUUACUGUGUGACGGGCGAAACGAUUGUGCCGAUUUCACAGAUGAGGAACUCUGCAAUGUAGACGAAUGUGCUAUUCCCGAUCUAUGCGAACACAAAUGUGUGGAUAAGGUUAUUGGUUUUGAAUGUCAAUGCAACCCCGGUUACAAGCUACUUGCUUCCAAUCAACAUUUAUGUGACGAUAUAGAUGAGUGUGCUGAGCAACAUCCUUGCUCGCAGAUCUGUAUAAACACAUACGGCUCUUACAAGUGUUUGUGCGGCAAGGGCUAUGAAUUGGUCGACCACAACACAUGUAAAGCCACAAGCAACGAGACCGUGAAGUUCAUUUUUGCUAAUCGCUACUAUAUUCGCCAAGUGGACAUGCGCGGUAAUGGCUCCAUACUCAUUCACCAGUUGUCUAAUGUGGUUGCCUUGGACUUCGAUUGGGAGACGAAGUGUCUUUAUUGGUCGGAUGUGACGUCAACAGUGGGCAUGAUAAAGCGAUAUUGUCCUGCUGAAAACAAAACAAGCACGUUACACCAAGCGAUGGUGAAGAAUCCAGAUGGCUUGGCCGUAGAUUGGGUCGGUAAGAAUUUGUAUUGGUGCGACAAAGGUUUAGACACGAUUGAAGUCUCAAAAUUAGAUGGUAAAUAUCGUCGUGUACUAAUCAAUGAAAAUUUACGUGAACCACGAGGUGUCGCAUUGGAUCCCUUCAAUCGUCACAUAUUCUGGUCAGAUUGGGGUGAUAAUCCACACAUUGGCAAAGCCGGUAUGGACGGAUCUAACCCGCGUAUGAUAAUAAGAGAGAACUUGGGUUGGCCGAAUGCGCUCACCAUUUCCUUUGAAACGAAUGAACUUUUUUGGGGAGAUGCGCGUGAAGACACCAUUUCUGUAUCCGACUUAGAUGGUAAAAAUGUACGUCUAUUGCUAGCGCGCAGUAUUAAUCCACAAUUAAACUUGCACCACAUUUUCGCCAUCGCUGUGUGGGAGGAUAAAAUAUACUGGUCCGAUUGGGAGACCAAGUCAAUUGAAUAUUGCAACAAGUAUAACGGCCAAAAUUGCUCUACGCUUGUGACUAUCAUUCAUCGGCCAAUGGAUUUACGAGUCUACCAUCCAUACAGACAGCAGCAGCCGUCAACACCCAAUCCUUGCCUAACAGCAGGUUGCGCUACACUGUGUUUGCUAUCGCCGGAAGCGCCGCACUACAAGUGCGCCUGUCCGAACAAUUUCGUAUUGGGCGAAGAUGGUAAAUCAUGUCACGCCAAUUGUACAGCGGCUCACUUUGAAUGUGCGAACACAUAUAAGUGCAUUCCUUUCUACUGGAAGUGCGACACGCAAGAUGACUGUGGCGAUGGCAGCGAUGAACCAGUCACUUGCCCGGCAUUCCACUGCGAUCCAGGACAGUACCAAUGCGACAAUAAGAAAUGCAUUUACCCUUCAGCUAUUUGUGAUAACGUCAAUAACUGUGGUGAUGGUUCGGAUGAGCGUAAUUGUGAGAAAUUCACUUGCUUCGAGAAUUACAUGAAAUGCGAGGCGUCGACGAACACGAGCGCAUUCUGUAUAUCCAAUGGAAAGAAAUGCGAUGGUGUUAACGACUGCCCGAAUGGAGAGGACGAGACUGGUUGUACACCGCUCGUCUGCAAUAAAGAACAGUUUCAGUGUGGUAAUAAUCGUUGUGUGCCAUACGUGUGGGUAUGCGAUGGAGACACCGAUUGUGCGGACAAAUCGGACGAGGAAGGUUGUGACUUGGUUACAUGUGAGCCAAGCGAUUUUCAAUGUAAUUCUGGUCGAUGCAUACCGAUGGCUUGGCGUUGUGACGGCGAAAACGACUGUCCGAAUGGCGAAGAUGAACCACCGACCUGCCAUUCGUCGAAAGAGAGCUGCGAUCCCACCUACUUCAAGUGCAAUAACUCGAAAUGCAUACCUGGACGUUGGCGCUGCGAUUAUGAGAACGACUGUGGCGACGGCAGCGAUGAGUUGAACUGUCAAAUGCGCAACUGCUCCGAAAGUGAAUUCCGUUGCGGCACCGGAAAGUGCAUAAAGCACGACUAUCGCUGCGACGGUGAGAUCCAUUGCGAUGACAGCAGCGAUGAGAUCAACUGCAACAUUACAUGCAAGGCGAACCAGUUCAAAUGUGCCGCAUUUAAUACUUGCAUAAAUAAACAAUAUCAGUGUGAUGGUGAUGACGAUUGCCCGGACGGUUCGGACGAGGUGAAUUGCACUUGUCCAGCCAAUUAUUUCACAUGUGCCAACGGCAAGUGCAUAAUGUCAAGAUGGAAGUGUGAUGGCUGGGACGAUUGUACUGACGGUAGUGAUGAAAGCAUCGCCACCUGUGCGCACGAGCAUUGUCACGCCAAUGCUUUCAAGUGCUCAAACUUGAAAUGUAUACGCAAAUCGGCGCUAUGUGACGGUGUGAAUGACUGCGUAAAUUCUGAGGACGAGUCAGAUGAGGUUUGCGCUGCGCUACCGAAGUGUAGGCACGAUCAAUUCCAGUGCGAGAAUGAUGAUUGCAUAUCGAAAGCGUUCCGCUGCGAUGGCCAAUAUAACUGUAUAGAUGGUUCCGAUGAGAUGAAUUGCCAGCCACCGGUUUGUGGUUUUGGAACAUGCUCACAGAUCUGUAUUGAGAAAAAAGCCGGCCACUACAAUUGCAAGUGCACGGAGGGUUAUCAGAAAGGAUCCAAGAAAAACGACACUUGCUUGGCUUCAGGUCCUGAACAAAUACUAUUACUCGCCUCUGAACAAGAGUUCCGUUUCAUUUUGCCUGCAAAACAAGAGGGCACCACUGUGGUGGGUUUCUUCCAGACAGAUAGCUUAAAAAUUGAUGUUUUCGACAUACUUAUCCGAACGAAAGAUACACUGCUCUUCUGGAUUGACUCGCAUCAUGGCAAAGUGCAUACCAUGAAAAUAGCAACUCCGCACGCUGAAACGGGUACGCGCAUGCGCAGAGAUCUGAAGGAGUUGACGGCUUUUAAUAUACCUGAUCUGAAUGAUCCCAAGUCACUAGCGGUUGAUUGGAUUACUCAAAUGGUUUAUAUAAUAGAUUCACGACAUAAUCAAAUUAUUGCUACGGAUAUCGAUGGUAAGAAAUACGUCUCAUUGGCGUCGACCGGCAUGAAUCCCACCGAUAUUGUACUUGAGCCGGAGUCGCGUAUUAUGAUAUGGUCCACACUGGAAAAUGGUAUUUUGGUGGCAUCACUUGAUGGUACCAACAAAAAGAGUUUGGUCGAACGCGAUGUUGGCUGGCCCAUUAGUUUGUCGAUUGACUAUCCUACCGGCCGCUUGUAUUGGGCUGAUUACCGCAAAGGCACCAUCGAGACAUGCAGAUUGAAUGGCAAAGAUCGAAAUGUAGUGCGCCGAUUUUCGAAUAAAGAAAAGCCACAGAAAAUUGAUGUCUUUGAGGACUAUCUGUAUAUCAAGUUGUAUGAUCAAAGCAUUAUUAAAAUGAACAAAUUUGGAGUGGACAACGGUACAUAUUUGCUAAAAGGAUAUCGCUCAUCAGAUAUUGGUAUAUUGCAUCCACUAAAACAAAAUCGCAACAUCACAAAUCCUUGUGCGAAAGAACCAUGCAAAAUGAAGCGUGCGCUCUGCAUACUUUCCUCAGAGGCACGCAAUGGCUUCGCCUGCAAAUGUCCCAACGAUCUGAUAAUGGUGGACGAUGAGUGUAAGGCACACAGUGAGGUCCCCGAUUAUUGUCCGCUAAAGUGUAAUCUCGGUACUUGCAAAGUGAUUGAUCAUGUGCCGAAAUGCAUCUGUCAGCCACAAUUCGAGGGUGAGCUGUGCGAGCACUCUCGUUGUUCCGGCUACUGUUUAAACUAUGGCCUGUGCACGGUGGCACCGCAGCUGCCCGGCUCGUCCGAGCCACCACCAUUGAAAUGUAGCUGCACUCCUGGCUGGUCCGGCCCGCGUUGUGAGACUUCGGUACCGGAAUGCCAGAGUCGCUGUCACAAUGGCGGUUCGUGCCUAAUCACUGACGAAGGUAUGAAAUGCACCUGCCCGGAAUUGUAUGUCGGCGAACAGUGUGAGCAUUGCGUGAAUUUGACCUGCGCCAAUGGUGGCAUCUGUCGUGAAACUCUGACUGGCACUACACAGUGCGAAUGUCCGGAUGGUUUCACUGGCAAGCGUUGCGAGGUGAAUGUUUGUGAUGGUUUUUGUAAGAAUCAGGGUGUUUGCAGCAUUGGCACCAAAGGCGGCCCACAAUGCCAAUGCGCAGUCGGCUACUAUGGCGAACAAUGUGAAUCCGACUCUUGUCAGACAUACUGCUUGAACGGGGGCGUAUGCACCGAACGCGAUCAGCGCUUGAUGUGUAGCUGCGGUGAGCGCUUUGAAGGCGAGCGCUGCGAAACCGAUUUGUGCAAAACUGCAAUACCACCACACUUUUGUGAUGAAUCUGAAUUGCCAUCACGUAAUCCCUGCACUGGCAUCAUAUGCCAGAAUAGCGGUACAUGUCACGUUAUCAAAGGCAUGGCCAUGUGCAACUGCACCGAUCAAUGGAAUGGCGAGUUUUGUGAGCGGCUGGUGGCCGAGGAGAAUCCCUGCAUUGGCUAUUGCAGGAAUAGCGGUGUUUGUCAUUUGGAUGCGUAUACUGUGCCACAUUGUAGUUGCAUUGGUGAGUGGGAGGGUGAUGACUGCAACACGCCACCGAAAUGCGUCAGCAGCUGUGGCGUUUGCCGCACCGGCAGCUCAAUUAAUGAAUGCCUUUGUUCGAGCGGUAAAAUCACGCCAUGCUUGGCCGAAAGUGCGGACAAUGUGAAUAUCGAGCGGCAGCAAGGGCAGGAACACACAGCGAAUGUGCUAUCGAUAUUAGCGGUAGUGCUGUCUGUCGCCAUAUUACUACUAACGCUCUUCGGGGGAGCGAUAUAUUUCCUAAAGAAGCAUCGCAUAUCACAGCCAUUUUCACAUGCACGUCUCACCGAUAACGUGGAAAUAAUGCUGACGAAUCCCAUGUACAGAGGCGAUGCAGAUGAGGCGCCAGCCUUCGUACACGAAGACGACAAGGGUAAUUUUGCGAAUCCUGUGUAUGAAUCCAUGUACGCGGAUGCAAUUGUCGAGCCGGCGGCGGUGGUUGAGAAUGUUUUGAGUACGGCCCCGGAUGAGCGCAAGGGCUUGCUGCAGCACUCACACGACGACACAAGCACACCAGACAUUCUUUGAUGAUUAACCACGAACGAAGUGUGUUAAACUGGCGAUUGCCACAAUCGUAGGGGUUAGGAAAGUAGGAAAAGCUUAAGAACAAAAGCUAAAUGCUAUGUAGCACCAAGAACCUUCGCAAGCAGCCAUUUUGAAUAGCACAUUUACGAACACACUGCUAUUUAUACAAACAUACAUGUAAAGGACUGAUAGCGUAAAGAUUUUUUUGUAUUUAUUAGUUUUUCAUGUGUAAAAUGCCAUUUUCUCAAUUAGCGUGAUUAAUCGGUUUAAUACAGUGGUGGAGUUUUAGCGUAAAAAUGUCAAUAACAAAUUAUAGGAUUAAAUUAGCAGAAUCAUUGUACAAUCAGUCACAGUGUGCAGUGCAUAUUGAAGCAAAUGUAAUGUAAAUAGUAAAUAACGAAUUAGGCUGGUGUUAGUCGAGCUUAAAAAUAGCAUAUCAACGCCAGGCAUUUAUUUGUAUGUAUGUAGUUAAUAACUAAGACAGGACAAUGUGGGUGUCUGAAAUUGUAUAUUUUGUAUUUUACGCUUUAGUUCUUCGUUGAAAAACGAACGCCGUAGUUAAGCCAAUGACGUGGUAGCUAAAUAAUCGAUAUUUAUGUAACGAAUAACUGUGAAAUGUCUUUCUAUUUGCCUUAUGUGCAUUUGCUUUCUUAUUUAUUUAUUUAUUUUUGUUUUUAUAUUUCAUAUUUUAUGCACCAAAGCGUUAAAAUGUUUAAUUCUUCACAGAAAAUUGAAAUCGUUUAGCAAAAAAAGGAUAUAACUGCAACGUACAUAGGUACAUAUGUAGCAAUCUCAACGGGUGUGCUCAAUUAAUACAAGUAAUAGUGCCAUGCCUGAUGCGCGAUUUUCGUUGAAGCUUCAUUAAUAAACUAGUCUUUUAAAUUUCGUACAGCUAGCUACAUUCUCAAAGAAGCUCUUUAAGUAUAUAAUAUAUACAUAUACGUAUGUUUGUACAAUUGGUGCAUUUAUAUACAACUGAGUAAGAGGUCUUUAAGUAGCCACAUACCUGGAAUAUUCCAAAAAAAAAAAGCAUUUUAUUGUAAAUAACCCCAAAAAUGAAUGAAGACUUGUAUAUGCCAUUACCUGUAAGUUUAAUUUUUAUUUUAAUACAAAUGACUGUUUACUUCGUCGUAGACUAGAAUCGAUAACGAAUAUGUUUAAAGACUUUAAAUAGGUACUAAUAUACAUACAUAUAUAAUAUACAACAUAUUUACCGGUUAAGAAACGAACAAAUGCUUGCAUUUAAAUGAAAUCGUGAGAUUCUUCAAUAGUUUUAAGUUUGAAUUUACAAAUAUGCACACAUUACUAUGUACUAAGCUAUAAAUGCUCACAUGCAUGCAUAUGUAUGUAUGUAUGUAUAUAUGGAUGCUUGAUUUUUGAGUAGGCAAUCCGCCAGUGCGGCAGGAGCGCAGUAUGUUGCACCGGUGGUAACUGGUACAUCAGCACUAACUAGUGACUGGUGAGUUCACUGUUGCACCGUAUUUGCGGCCAAUUGUAACAUAAUGCAACACACACACAUAUAUACGUUUAUAUAUUUAGUUGCUGUAAAUUAAGUAAAACAAUGGCGUUCUAAAAACUAAUGAAAGUGCACUAAGAAACAAACAUACAUACAUGUAUACAUACACAUGUUCUCCUUUUGUAAAUUAAAAAAGCGAAAUAAAAGUUUUCGAAUUUCCCAAA